AUGCCGCCCAAGGCACCAAAGAGAACGACAUCCGACUCCUCACCUAUAAACGUCAAGCUACUACUCAUAGGAAACUCGAGUGUCGGGAAGAGUAGCUUACUACUCCGCUUCUCAGAUGAGCAAUGGCUUCCAGAAGACGAGGCUAGCGCGACUAUCGGAGUCGACUUUCGUGUGCACAAGAUGGAGAUCAAUGGGAAGAAGGUCAAAUUGAGUAUAUGGGACACUGCUGGACAGGAGAGGUUUCGAACUAUAACUUCAUCUUAUUACCGUGGAGCUCAAGGAAUUAUCCUCGUGUACGACGUAGCGAAUCGCGAGUCAUUCGCCGCGCUUCCCCGGUGGUACUCCGAACUAGGAACUUACGUCUCUGAUUCAGUAGUCAAGAUCCUCGUAGGGAACAAAGUUGACAAGGAAUUCUCAAGACAAGUACCCACCAGCGAAGGCGCCGCCUUCGCCCAACGCAUGGGCUCCCUAUUCGUCGAAGCAUCCGCCAAGACAGCCGUCGGUGUCCGCGAAGCCUUUACAGACGUCGUUGAACGUAUACUUGAUACUCCUGAACUUUGGGCGCCUGUUAGUAACGUUACGCCCGAUCGGAACGCUAUCCUCAAAGGAGGGGGCAACAAUAAUAAUACGAAUAAUACGAUGCCGGGUAAUAUCGAUCUUAAUGCGGACUCGUCGUCGAGUGAUGGAGGUGGAUGUUCGUGUUAGAGGGUCAGAGGUUAGACAUGUGUUAUUCUAAUUUCUAGAUGUCCGGAGUAUACCUGGGUUGGUUUUGGACCUUGGGUAACCCGUUGUUCUAGCUCGACUUUGCUUUUGUGAGGUUAGAUUCUACUUUCACCUCCCCCCCCACCUUUUCUUUUUCUUGACGAAUUGACGACUUACAUGACCUGACUCUAACUCUCGGCAAUAUACAUAAUACAUUUCAGCUUUACACCAAGUGUUUACAUGUAUACCCCAGCUGCCC